UCCCGCCACAAUAACCAUGACAGCAGUCACUUAGUCACUACCACCCCAACCCACACAACCAAAUUUGGCGCCAAAAUCUCCACAAUCAGCAGCUUCAAUCUCAUAUUUAGAAUUUCCAUUUCUAAAUCAAAUCAAAAUCUAGCCGGAAAUGGAGGCGUUCGGCGGCUACUUCACCGACGUGAAAGCAGAGCGAGUGGAGAACAUAUUCCUCGAAUUUCUCCAAAGCUUUAAAUUUGAUGUGAGGAAUAGUAUGGAAGAAGAUUCGUAUCAGGCACAAAUUGAGACGAUGAAAGAAAAUGAAUCAACUACUAUGUUUAUCGAUUUUUCGCACGUUAUGCGUUACAAUGAUAUUCUCCAGAAAGCCAUCUCCGAUGAGUAUUUGAGAUUUGAGCCGUAUUUAAAGAAUGCGUGCAAACGGUUCGUGAUGGAGCUGAAUCCUACUUUUAUAUCUGAUGAUAACCCUAAUAAGGAUAUUAAUGUUGCCUUCUAUAACAUCCCCUUCACUAAGAGGUUAAGAGAGCUUAAUACAGCAGAAGUUGGUAAAUUGGUGUCUGUGUCGGGAGUUGUGACACGGACUAGCGAGGUAAGGCCUGAGCUUUUACAAGGAACGUUCAGGUGCUUGGAAUGUGGUGGUGUCAUCAAGAAUGUUGAGCAGCAAUUCAAAUAUACUGAGCCUAUCAUUUGUGUGAAUCCCACUUGCAGUAAUAGAGGAAAGUGGGCAUUGCUUAAACAAGAGAGUAAAUUUGCUGAUUGGCAGAGGGUCAGAAUGCAGGAAACUUCCAAAGAGAUUCCUGCAGGCUCCCUUCCUAGAUCUCUGGAUGUUAUACUUCGUCAUGAUAUUGUGGAACAGGCUAGAGCUGGUGACACGGUCAUUUUCACCGGUUCUGUGGUUGUAAUACCAGAUAUAAUGGCUUUAGCAUCCCCGGGAGAGAGAUCCGAGUGUCGUCGAGAAGCUCCCCAGAGAAAGAAUGCCUCUGGUGGACAAGAAGGUGUGAGGGGUCUGAAAGCACUCGGAGUGAGAGACCUCUCCUAUCGUCUUGCAUUUAUUGCCAACUCAGUGCAGAUUUGUGAUGGUAGAAGGGAUAAUGACAUCAGAAAUAGAAAGAAGGACGUUGAUGAGGAUGACACCCAGCAGUUCACAGAUGAGGAGAGAGAUGAAAUCCAAAGAAUGAGAAAUACUCCUGAUUUCUUUAACAAGCUGGUUGAUAGCAUAUCUCCAGCUGUUUUUGGUCACCAAGACAUCAAGCGAGCAAUUCUUCUUAUGCUCUUGGGUGGUGUCCACAAGUUCACUCAUGAGGGCAUCAACCUUAGAGGUGACAUCAAUGUUUGUAUUGUUGGAGAUCCCAGCUGUGCAAAGUCCCAGUUUCUCAAGUACACUGCAGGUAUAGUCCCUAGAUCUGUCUAUACAUCUGGCAAGUCCUCAUCUGCUGCUGGAUUAACAGCAACAGUUGCGAAAGAACCAGAAACUGGGGAGUUUUGUAUUGAGGCUGGUGCAUUGAUGCUGGCUGACAAUGGCAUUUGUUGCAUUGAUGAAUUUGACAAGAUGGACGUCAAAGACCAGGUGGCAAUUCAUGAAGCCAUGGAACAGCAGACAAUAAGCAUCACUAAAGCAGGGAUACAAGCAACACUAAAUGCUCGAACAUCAAUCUUAGCUGCUGCUAACCCUGCAGGAGGACGAUAUGAUAAAACUAAACCACUGAAGUACAACGUGGCUCUUCCUCCUGCAAUUCUUUCAAGAUUUGACCUAGUAUAUGUGAUGAUUGAUGACCCAGACGAUCAAGUUGAUUACCACAUUGCUCAUCACAUAGUAAGAGUUCAUCAGAAGCAUGAAGAAGCACUUGCUCCUGCAUUCACAACUGCUCAAAUAAAACGUUACAUUGCAUAUGCAAAAACUUUGAAACCAAAGCUCGAUUCUGAAGCAAGAAAACUAUUGGUGGAUUCUUAUGUUGUUCUUCGGAAAGGUGAUACAGCACCAGGUAGUAGAGUUGCUUAUCGCAUGACAGUUAGACAGCUGGAGGCAUUAAUCAGGCUCUCAGAAGCCAUUGCCCGAAGUCAUCUGGACAAAAAGGUACAACCACGGCAUGUUCGGCUAGCAGUGAAAUUACUGAAAACGUCUAUAAUCAGUGUAGAGUCCAGUGAGAUUGAUUUAUCUGAAUUUCAAGAAGGAAUCCAUGAUGACAUUGAUGGUGAUGGUGCUGAUGGUGGUGAUGAUGGUCCUGGUCAAGGCGAUGCACAAGAAAAUAACAAUGAAGCCGGAUCAGCUUCAGGAAAUACAGCAGCAGCAGCAGCAGGAGGUGGAGAGGGUUCUGGAAGCCAACGGGAGAAAAAACUUGUGAUAAGUGAGGAAUACUUUCAGAGGGUUACACAAGCCCUCGUCAUGCGCCUUAGGCAACAUGAAGACUCUGUAAUGCAAGAUGGAAGUGGACUAGCUGGUAUGAAGCAGGGAGAGCUAAUUCGAUGGUAUAUAGAACAACAGAACCAGAAAAAUAGCUACACUUCUGUCGAGGAAGCAAAGAAUGAAGCCACUAAACUCAAAGCUAUUAUUGAGAGUUUGAUUCGGAGGGAAGGGUUCUUGAUAGUUAUAGAUGACGGGAGACGGGCAGAUGCAGAAGGAGAAGGUACGAGGCAAGCACAGCCAUUACCUAGAGAUAAUAGGAUAUUGGCAGUGUCUCCAAAUUACGUUGUGGAAUAAUCUGAUGCAUUGGCAGCUUCGAAAUCACAGCCUGUUUUUGAGGUUCCAUUGAUACUUCUCCAUGUCACCUGCAGAUUGUAUGUUUUUAGGUCAUGUUAUACAAAAACCUGAAGAUUUAGCAUCAUUUAAUCAGCCUAAUGUGCUAUUAGAAUUUAAAAUUGUAAGAUGAUUUUCUGAAAACAGAUUUAGGUUAGUCAAGAUUGCAAUUUUUCUGUGGUUACAAUCUAUGCUUAUUUUAUUAAUGAAUAUAUAUGCUGUAAUUUUAUGAA